GCUUUUCUCUCCUUCUCCAAGAUGGCGGCGGUCGGCGGCGCUGAGGCGGGAUCCGAGCGAGCCGAAUGAAGACCUGGCCCUCUAGACGGGAAGGAGCCUGGACACACUGACAUUCUCAAAGGCCCUGCAGGACCACCAUGGCUUAUGAUGACUCCGUGAAGAAAGAAGAUUGCUUUGAUGGUGAUCACAGCUUUGAGGACAUAGGACUUGCAGCUGGCCGAAGCCAACGAGAAAAGAAACGUUCAUACAAAGAUUUCUUAAGAGAAGAGGAAGAAAUCGCUGCUCAGGUCAGGAAUUCUUCCAAGAAGAAGUUAAAGGAUAGUGACUUUUACUUCUUGGGGACGGACACACAUAAGAAGAAGAGGAAGCACUCCUCUGAUGAUUACGGCUAUGGAGGACAGUGGUUCUUGUUCUGAGUGCCGAUAAACCAGUGUGAAGGAGGAGAGAGGUGGAGGGCUGGUAUUUUGGAGAAUUCAGCAUAGAAGAACAGUCUUCAUUUGUGAUACACAAGACAUUCCGUCUUUGGAAUCAUCACAGAAGAAAAAGAAAAAGUGCAGCCCACAGUCUGCCGACACAGCAAUGGCCCUGUUGAAGGCUAUCACGUCCCCAUCCCCACUGGCAGCAGGCUCCAAGUCCUCCAGAAAGACCGGCGAGAAGUCAUCCAGCCCCUCAAGCCACCCAGAGACUGCAAAGGAGCACCACAGGAAGAAAGGAAACGGAAGCAGUGGGGAGUCCCUGGAGGAUGGCAGCAUUCACAGAUCCAAAAAAAUGAAGCCUCUGUUUGUGAACACAGAGACCCUGACACUUCGUGAGCCCGAUGGCUUAAAGAUGAAACUUAUUCUGUCACCAAAGGAGAAGGGAGGCGGUUCAGUUGAGGAGGAGGCUUUUCAGUACCCUUCCCAACAAGCCACUAUGAAGAAGGCCUCCAAGAAAUCAGCUCGGGAAGAGCAAGGUGCUUUACUCCUAGGACACGAGUUACAGAGCUUCCUGAAAACAGCCCGGAAGAAGCACAAGUCCUCCUCAGACCCGCACUCCUCUCCUGGCCCUGAAGGCUGUGCAUCUGAUGCCUCCCAGCUCCCAGAGCCCCACAGUGCUAACCUUGAUAUUUCAGGGCUUGAACCCAUUCUAGUGGAGUCUGAGUCGUCCUCUGGUGGGGAGCUAGAGGCUGGCGAGCUAGUGAUAGAUGAUUCUUACCGGGAAAUCAAGAAGAAAAAGAAGUCUAAGAAGAGCAAGAAGAAGAAGGACAAGGAGAAGCACCGGGAGAAGCGGCACUCCAAGUCCAGGAGGAGCUCGGGGCUCCCCUCCGCCACCGCCACCACCACGGGAGAUGGCACUGCAACACCUGGCCCUCCUCCCAGUGUCCCCCACGCUGGAGGCACCGCCCCCACCCCACCGCUUCCUCCCCUUCACACAGAUGGGCAUGCGGAGAAGAAAAAGAAAAAGGAAGAGAAGGACAGAGACAGAGAGAGAGGAGAGAAGCCAAAAAAGAAGAACAUGUCUGCCUACCAGGUAUUCUGCAAAGAGUAUCGUGUAACCAUUGUGGCUGACCAUCCAGGUAUAGAUUUUGGGGAACUUAGUAAAAAACUGGCUGAAGUAUGGAAGCAGUUGCCAGAGAAAGACAAACUGAUUUGGAAGCAGAAAGCUCAGUAUUUGCAGCACAAGCAGAACAAAGCUGAAGCUACAACGGUGAAAAGAAAAGCAUCCAGCUCAGAAGGUUCCAUGAAAGUCAGAGCUUCUUCUGCAGGAGUACUGUCACCCCAGAAGAAGUCCCCACCCACCACAGUGCUGUUGCCGGCCUCUCCAGCCAAAUCCCCGGAGACAGAGCCCAUCGAUGUUGCUGCUCAUCUUCAGCUGUUGGGAGAGUCCCUCAGCCUCAUUGGACACCGCCUGCAGGAGACAGAGGGCAUGGUGGCGGUAUCUGGCAGUUUGUCAGUGCUCCUGGAUUCCAUUAUCUGUGCUCUCGGCCCCUUGGCCUGUCUGACCACACAAUUACCUGAACUGAAUGGCUGUCCCAAACAGGUCUUGUCAAAUACACUAGACAACAUUGCUUACAUCAUGCCUGGACUGUGACAACGAAGAAUCCUUGGACAGAAGCCUGGUCUACCCCUCUUCUGGUUUGUGUAUAUGUGACUGUUCCAGAACCUUCACUGAUCUGAGAGUAGGCUUUGAAUUUUAUAUCCAUACAUAUAUACAUAUAAUGUACAGUAUAUACAUAGGACUGUAACUACUUUGCUUUUAAUAAUUUUAUGAAAUGGCAAAAGUUUAGCUAAGAGGAAACUUUGGCAUGAAUGUGGGUAGGCUUGGGGUUCUUUAUUCUUUUGUGAAAAAAAAAUCUGCCUUAAAAAUCAGUGUCACUCGGGGGCUGGGGGCUUGUUCUGGGUGCCACAUGUCUCUCCUUAUGGAUAGCUAAAAUGUGAUUUUCUUUUUUCCAAACUUGGUUGUACCUCCAGACCCAUCACUGACCAUUUGCCUUACCUGUCUUACAGUCAGAAAUGUAAUAAAGAUUAUAGGAGUAGGCCAGCUGACUGAAAAUACAGAGCCUUGCAGCUUGGAGUGACCUGGGGUGGGGGUGAGAUGGCAGAGGUGGCCUGGGUAGGGGAUUUAUUCCAAUUCCAAUACAGAGGUCUGUGUCUCGGACUUUAUUGCAAUCAUUGGUACCAUCAGCAGCCUUAGUUAUAUGAGUCCUGACAGCAGAAAAAUACCUUGGAGAGGGCAAAGCUCUCAGUGCCACCAGUUGAGCCCACAUACAUUCUUAGCUGGCCACUGGUCUAAAAACAAGAGGUGGCACCUUCCACUGGCAGCAUUCACUGGCCAUCAAGUCCUCACAGACUCUGCUGCUGCAUUGCUUGGUGGCUAUGGAAGAUACUUUGCCCAGCUUGGUUCUUGGCUUCAACUUACUGGUUUCCCUUGUGGGUGAAUAGUGUUCUACAUUCCACAUGUAAGUGGACUGCAAAAGAGUACUCAGUUCUCAUGUAGAUGUUAUAUAUAUGUGUGUGAGAGUGUAUAUUUUAUGUGUAUUUAACUCUGAAAUUUCUUAGGUUUUAAUUUAUCCUGUAAAUUUCUGUAUAUAUAAUUUAAUAUCAAAAGCCUCCACCAGCAGUAGCAUGUGGAACAUACAGAUUUGUCAUUUCUUCCUUCUAGUCUGUUCUGAAAACUCCAAAUCAUCUACAUUUUAAUGUUGUAAUUCAAAAGGGAAUCAUUACAUUGAAAUUCUAAUUCUGUGUAAAGGACUUCAAUGGCCCUCAAUAAUGUUAAGUGAAAUAGAAGAGAAUGUCACCAUCCCCAGCUGCCCGUAUUCCCAGACCUGCUUCCCACUGGAAAGAAGACAGCACUCCAGGUCGUUUUGAAAUUUGGUGUGAGAUUCCCUGCCACAACCCAGCUGGGGUAGUGCUGCUUUCUUCCCUGGCAUAGAUGGAGCAGGACAGCAUCACAGUAAACCUCUGGGGACCCUGCAGCCGGCUUGCGCCCUGUCUGAUUCCUUCCCAUCGCCUACUGCCCCAUCACAGAACUAUGCUUCUUAAGGGAUUCAGCCUGUUAAAUCCCUUUCUCAGCUCAGAGCAGUUUUGGGAUUUAAUCUGGGAAAUGGAGAAGGAAGCAGGAAUGUGUGAACUCAAUCAAGAAGAGCAGAAAUUUUAGCUAGAGUUAUGUGGAGGUUUCCUGUGAGAAACAGGGUGUCAGGAGAGGCCAGGAAGACAGUAGUACAGGGAGCACUGGUCCUCCCACUGUCACUGAACACGUUAAUGAGCUCUGAUGAGGACCUGCCGUUCUGUGUUUGUUUCCUUUGAAACCUAGCCCUGUUGUAUUUGUAUUAAAGAUUUGUACACAUUUGUAUAAUAAUCUGUACCUUGUGGUAUUUGGUACUAUUAGAGGAAAAAUUUGGAUUCAGGCCUUCUUGCUCUUUUUAUAUCUUUGUUUUGUUUUUUAAAUAAAUUCUAGUGGUUUGAUCCAAAUCCCAUUACAGUUGUAUAAAGAAACAAAGUUUUGUACCUAUAUUAUUAAAGACCACAUUUUUAAUAUUUGUA